GGUUGCCUUGUGUUGAAGACGAGUAUGGGCAAGAAGAGUCAAACAGAAGACGGGAGAGAGAAAGAAAGAAAGAGCAGAGUGUCGAGAGGUUGAAGACGAAGCAGCCUUGGAACAGAGCGAAGGAAGAAGCGAGGAGAGGCGAGGCGAUGGGGAUCCGGUUCGUGCUGUUCGUGAACAAGCAGGGGCAGACGCGGCUGGCCCAGUACUACGAGCACCUCUCCAUCGACGAGCGCCGCGCCCUCGAGGGCGAGAUCGUCCGCAAGUGCCUCGCCCGCACCGACCAGCAGUGUUCGUUCGUGGAGCACCGGAACUACAAGGUGGUGUACCGGCGGUACGCUUCCCUCUUCUUCCUCGUCGGCGUCGACAACGACGAGAAUGAGCUAGCUAUUCUCGAAUUCAUUCAUCUUUUUGUGGAAACUAUGGACCGCCACUUCGGAAAUGUGUGUGAACUCGACAUCAUGUUCCAUCUAGAGAAGGUGCACUUCAUGCUGGAAGAGAUGGUGAUGAAUGGCUGCAUAGUAGAGACAAGUAAACAGAACAUCUUAGCACCAAUCCAGCUUAUGGAGAAAACUUCUUAGAAUAGCAUUCUCUAACUAUCUAGUUUUUAAUCCUUUUGUCUCUGUGGUGCUUUAUCUUUCAUCUACUGGGGAGUAUAAAAAAUUUCUGUUUGCACAUAUUAUUGAUAUGAGCUGACUGGAGAUGAUUAUAUGCUGAAUACAAAGAUGCGAUGUACUUUUCUUCAUGUUAUUUCAUUUUGAUUUUUUACACAUGAUUUGUGAAGAUUACAAAGCCACUGAUUGUGAGAUCAUAAUAAGUGCUACGGCUUAAAUUGUCA